AUGUUCCCCCGCGCACGUUCGCUCCGCCGCGUGUCGCAAACCGUCGCGCGUCGCAGCGCUCCGUCCGUUGCGAUUGGCCGCCGUGCGCGCUCGGACUACGCGCCCACCGACGCGUUCCUCCAUCGGCACUUGGGCGUCUCGUCCGACAGCGACCGCCAGGCCAUGUUGGCGACCAUCGGGUACGACUCUGUCGACGCGCUCGUGGCCGCGACAGUGCCAGAAGAGAUCCGCCUGUCGACGUCGCUCGAGCUGCCGCCGCCGCUCAGCGAGAGCGAAGCGCUGGCUGCGAUCCGAGCGAUCGCGUCGAAGAAUCAGACGCUCAAGUCGUUUAUCGGCAUGGGCUUUAGCGACACACUGACGCCGCCGCCCAUUGUGCGCCACUUGCUCGAGAGCCCCGGCUGGUACACGUCGUACACGCCGUACCAGGCCGAAGUCGCGCAGGGCCGUCUCGAGCUGCUGCUGAACUUCCAGACCAUGAUCGCCGACCUCACGGGACUCGCGUACGCGAACGCGUCGCUGCUGGACGAGGCGACGGCGGCGGCCGAAGCGAUGGCGCUGAUCCACGGCACGUUCCAGGGCAAGCGCCGCAAGUUCUUUGUCGACCGCGACGUGCACCCGCAGACCAUUGGGAUGAUGCGCACGCGCGCGCAGCACGUGGACAUCGAGCUCGUGGUCGGCGACGUGGCGCGGGACUUGGACCUGCAGGACGGCGCCUUCAGCGGCGUGUUGGUGCAGUACCCCACGACGUUUGGGGCCGUGCGCGACUACCGGACGUUCGUCACGGAGGCGCACGAGGCGAAGCUCGUGGUCGCGGUCGCGACCGACUUGUUGAGCCUCACGCAGCUCACGCCCCCGGGCGAGUGGGGCGCCGACAUUGCCCUGGGCUCGGCCCAGCGCUUUGGCGUGCCCCUGAUGUUUGGCGGCCCGCACGCGGCGUUUCUGGCCACGACCAAGCAGUACUACCGCAAGAUGCCCGGCCGCAUCAUUGGCGUGUCGGUGGACGCGCGCGGCGAACCGGCGGUGCGGAUGGCCAUGCAGACGCGCGAGCAGCACAUUCGGCGGGACAAGGCGACGAGCAACAUUUGCACGGCCCAAGCGCUGCUGGCGAACAUGGCCGCGGCCUAUGCGAUCUACCACGGGCCCGAAGGGCUGUGUGCCAUUGCAGCGCGUGCGAACCUGUACGCGGCGACACUGGCUGCUGGUCUGGAGCAGUUUGCCCCGAGGUGUCGCGUCGUGCACGACGCGUUCUUUGACACGCUGGAAGUCGACGUGUCGCGGUCCAACGCGUCAGCAGCUGAGGUCGCGCAGGAGGCGACGAAACGCGGGGUGAACGUGCGUGUGAUUGACGACACGCGCGUGGGCGUGUCGAUGGGGGAGAGCGUGGAGCUGAACGAUCUGCGGAAGCUGUUGCUGGCGUUUGGAGCUGCUGAAGCCGACGUGCAAGUGGACCUGAGCGACGUCCUGAGUGCGCGGGCUCGGGAGAUUCAGGCGAAGAGCAUUCCUGAAGCACUGCGGCGGACGACGGCGUACCUGACCCACGGGAUCUUCCACAAGUACCGCUCCGAGACGGAGCUCACGCGGUACUUGAAACGACUGGAGGACAAGGACUUGGCCCUGAACCGCUCCAUGAUCUCGCUGGGCAGCUGCACGAUGAAGCUCAAUGCGGUGUCGGAGCUCGCGCCGGUGUCGUGGCCCGAGUUUAUGAACGUGCACCCGUUCGUGCCGGAAGAGCAGAGUGCUGGGUACCGGGAGCUCAUUGACUCGCUGAACCACUCGCUUGCAGUCAUCACGGGCUUUAGCGCCGUGUCGACGCAGCCGCAGAGUGGCGCCCAAGGCGAAUACGCCGGGCUGCUGACCAUCCGCAACUACCAGCGGUCCAUUGGCCAGGGCCACCGCAACGUGUGCCUGAUCCCCGUGUCGGCCCACGGCACGAACCCUGCCAGUGCUGUCAUGGCGGGCAUGAAGGUCGUCGUGGUCAAGUCGGACGAUCGCGGCAACAUUGACCGGGCCGAUCUUGCGGCCAAGGCGGCUGAGCACUCGGACAACCUGAGUGCGUUCAUGAUUACGUACCCCUCGACGUUUGGUGUGUUUGAAGCUGGUAUCAAGGACAUGACGGACCUCAUCCACUCGCACGGAGCGCAAGUGUACAUGGAUGGAGCCAACAUGAACGCCCAAGUCGCUGUCUGUCAUCCAGGCGGCAUUGGCGCCGACGUGUGCCACUUGAACCUGCACAAGACGUUUUGCAUCCCACACGGCGGCGGUGGUCCGGGCGUGGGCUCCAUUGGCGUGGCUGCUCACUUGGCUCCGUUCUUGCCAGGGCAUUCGGUAGUGCCAACCGGUGGAGAAGGCGAGUUCACGGUGAAGAAGACGACGUCGGCCGUGAGCGGUUCGCCCUUUGGCAGCGCAGGUAUCCUGCCGAUCUCGUGGAUGUACAUCAACAUGCUUGGCGAACAGGGGCUCAAGCAGGCGACGUACACGGCCAUCCUGAAUGCCAAUUACAUGGCGACGAAGCUCGAGAGCCACUACGAAGUGGCGUUCCGCGGUGCUAAUGGGACCUGUGCGCACGAGUUCAUCAUCGACAUUCGUCCGUUCAAGGCCUGUGGCAUUGUCGAGGAGGACGUGGCCAAGCGGUUGCAAGACUUUGGCUUUCACAGUCCGACCAUGUCGUGGCCUGUGGCUGGUACACUGAUGAUUGAGCCGACCGAGAGCGAGAGCAAAGCGGAGAUGGAUCGCUUUUGCGACGCCCUGGCCAUCAUUCGGCGCGAGAUUGAGGACGUUGCGACCGGUGUGAUUGCCGUGGAAGACUCGCCGCUGAAACACGCGCCGCAUACGGUGGACCAGGUCACAGCGAGCGUGUGGGACCGCAAGUACUCUCGAGAACAGGGCGCGUUUCCUGCGCCGUGGCACAUGGGCGGCAAGAACAAGUCGUACUGGCCACCAGUGGGUCGCAUUGACAAUGUGCAUGGAGACCGUAAUCUCGUGUGCAGCUGUCCGCCUCUAUCGGACUACGAGUAA